CGUGACGACGACGACGAGGGCGAAGAACGAGAACGCGUCGUCGUGGCCCCCCAAAUUAGACCCCUAAAAAAAAAAAAUAAAUUAAUAAAUUCCCACCCUUUUCUUUUAUUUAUUAUUUAUUAAAACCUUGAAGCAUGCGGAUUGGUUUCGGAGUCGAGCGGAGACCUUUUGUCGGCGAACGCAAAUUUCGGAAACCCUAGCACCGUCGCCAAGCGAGGCUCCGGCGAGGCUCCGGUGAGGGCGGCGGCGGCGGAGGAGGAGGAGGAGGAGACCAUGGGGUGGAGGGUGAUGUGGCGGCGGAUGCUACGAUCCCCCGCCGCGGUGUUCCUCGUCUCCUCCUUCUUCCUCCUCGGAUCCGUCGCGCUCCUCUUCGCUUGGCUCACCUUCUCCCCCUUCCCCAAACCCCUCCCCGUCUCCUCCAAAUCCUCCUCCUCGGCGGCGGCCAUGGCGUCUUCUUCUUCUUCUUCUUCUUCCUCCUCCUCUUUAGGUUGCCGCCCCGAUGGCGAGGGCUCUUGGGCCAUUGGCGUCUUCUUCGGCGACUCGCCCUUCUCCCUCGAGCCCAUCGAACUCUGGAAUGAGUGGAGGAACGAGAGCGCAGCGUGGCCGGCUGCGAACCCGGUCGUCACCUGCGCCUCUGUCUCGGAGGCCGGAUUCCCCAGCAACUUCGUCGCCGAUCCCUUCCUCUUCAUCAAGGGAGAUACUUUUUAUUUGUUUUUUGAGACCAAGAAUUCCGUCACAUUGCAAGGAGACAUAGGGGUUGCUGUGAGCAAGGACAAUGGUGCGACAUGGGAGCAACUGGGUAUAGUGCUAGAUGAAGAAUGGCAUCUCUCUUAUCCAUAUAUAUUCAGCUACCAGGACCAAAUCUACAUGAUGCCGGAAGGCAGUAAGAAGGGAGAUCUCCGUCUCUACCGUGCAUUGGAAUUUCCACUCAAAUGGAAACUAGCGAAGGUCAUUUUGAAGAGACCCCUUAUUGAUUCAUUCAUUAUAUAUUAUGAUGGCUAUCAUUGGCUUUUUGGAUCGGAUUUCAGUUUUUUUGGUGCCAAAAAGAAUGGAGAGCUUGAAAUCUGGUACAGUACCUCACCUCUCGGUCCCUGGAAACCGCACAAACAAAACCCAGUUCAUAAUAUUGAUAAAACCUUAGGUGCCAGAAAUGCAGGCCGGCCAUUUAUAUACAAUGGAAGCCUCUAUCGAAUUGGGCAAGACUGCGGUGGCACAUAUGGACGGAGUAUCCGUCUAUUCAGAAUUCAAGUCCUCACAACUGACAGAUAUGAGGAAAUUGAAGUCCCACUCGGUCUGGAAAGGCCCCGUAAGGGUCGAAAUGCAUGGAACGGUGCCCGAACCCAUCACUUAGAUGCUCAACAGCUUAAAUCAGGUAAAUGGGUUGCGGUAAUGGAUGGUGAUCGAGUGCCCUCAGGCGAUUCAGUUAAAAGGCUCUUUAUAGGAUACGCAGCAUUUGGGGCCGCAAUAAUUCUUGUUAUUUUAACAGGCGUGCUUUUGAGUGCAAUAAAGUGCAUUUUGCCCCUCAGUCGGUGCCUUCCUAUUUUAGGAAAGCGAAGUGAUGUUUUUCAGGCAGAGCCACGGGUUUUCCUCUACUUGAAACUUGGCUGGUUUUUUAACCAUGUAAAUAAGCUAAGCUCUCCUCUUCAUGGAAGAAUCAACACUAAAACUUGUAGAGGGCUGUUGGUUUUAAGUAUUAUAUUUGUAACUUUAGUUGCUUUGACUUGUAUUGGCACUCAUUAUGUCUACGGCGGCAAUGGUUCUGAGGAGGGUUAUAUGGUUAAGGGGCACUACUCACAGUUCACCAUGUUAACCAUGACUUACGACGCUCGCCUUUGGAACUUAAAGAUGUUCGUGAAGCAUUACUCUCGAUGCUCUUCGGUGAAAGAGAUAGUGGUGGUGUGGAACAGAGGUCAACCCCCAAAAGAGAACGACUUUGACUCUGCCGUGCCUAUAAGGAUCAGAGUGGAGAAGAGGAACUCUUUGAAUAACAGGUUUAACAUAGACCCGCUGAUAAAGACUCGAGCUGUUUUCGAGCUCGAUGAUGACAUCAUGAUGACAUGUGAUGAUUUGGAGCGCGGAUUCAAAGUAUGGCGGGAGAAUCCCGAUAGAAUUGUUGGUUUUUAUCCACGCCUUGCUGAUGGGAGCCCAUUGGAAUACCACGACGAGAAUUAUGCGCGAAGGAAAGGGGGCUAUAAUAUGAUAUUAACAGGGGCGGCGUUCAUUGAUCAUAAAUUGGCAUUUGAGAGGUAUUGGAGCGAGGGGGCGAAGGUGGGAAGGGAGAUGGUCGAUAAACAGUUUAACUGUGAGGAUGUGCUUUUGAACUUCUUGUAUGUGAAUGCUAGUUCAUUGGAUAGGACAGUAGAGUAUGUGAAGCCUUCGUGGGCAAUCGACACAUCAAAGUUUUCUGGUGUAGCCAUUAGUAAGAAUACAAAAGCGCAUUACCAUGUUAGGAGUGAGUGCAUUCGUCGGUUCUCGGAGAUAUAUGGGAACUUGGCUGCCAAUAAAUGGGGUUUUAGCAGUAGGAGAGAUGGUUGGGAUUUGUAAUGUUUCCCUCGGAGAUUGUUGAUAAUUAUAUUGUCCGAUAGAUUGUGCCAAGCUUGUCGAGCAGGGGGAUAAAUUAUUGAAGGCCUUAUUGGAUAUUGGAAUCAUAUAACGAUGUUCCGCGAUGUAUCCAUAAGUCGAUACACAGAACACAUUAUCAUGCAUGGAGAGACUUGCAAUGUAGGUUGACACCAAAGAUGGAUGUUGGGACCUGUAGCAGUGAAGAGCUGUGUAUCAUUUUUUAAAACAAUUUUGCUUUACUGCUUGUUGUAUAUUGUGAUCAAGCUUUACUACUGUACAUCUUAGUAUGUUGUGUAAUCCUUUUACUCAACCCUUCUGAGUACCAAGCUAUGAGGUUACCUUAAUUUGUACCCUAGGCAACAUGGCUAUCUAUGUGACUUUGAAAGUAAGUUUUGAGUGAAGCACUCAUCUGAGUUUGGAAGAUCUAGAUUUUCUCUACAUUUUACAGACUCUAGGGUGCAAGUCAUAGGGCAGUAAAAUAUUAUUGGUGUUAUCAUCUUAUGAUUUGUUAAAUGCACAGUAUUUAUUACUUUGUGGUU